UACUUUCGGUCAGCAUAUAACUUCAUGCUAUAUUUUUCACUGCUUGACGACAGAACAGCCACAUGCAUUUUUUCAAAACCCUAUUCCAAAUCAUCAUUAUUUAUUCCUUUACACUUCAUAUUUUAUCGUAAAAAAUGAAAGUGUUAUUUUAUUUUCAUCUGUUAUGCCAAGUGGUAAACGUGUUGACGUCCACAAAAUCUUACAACAGAGCUGGGAAUUGCAUACAAAACGACGAACACGUAGAAACUUCAUUCGUCAAGGAAUUGUGUAAAUCAAAUCCAGAUUUGGAAGAGUUUAUGAUAGCCGCCGACAUCUUGAUAAGAUCCGAUUGUGCUUUGAUCGAUUCGUGUAGAAGAGUGAUCGAGCAACCUCACGAUGAUAUCGACGAAGUAGACUUCAUAGUGGUUGGUGGAGGAGUCUCAGGUCCCGUAGUGGCUGGGAGACUAUCGGAAAAUUCUUCCUGGACGGUGAUCCUCUUUGAAUCCGGUCCAGAGCAACCAGCAGCCAUCGACAUACCUGCCUUGCUGAGUUCGGCAAUCGCUACGAAGUACGAUUGGCAGUAUUCUACAACGCCGCAAAAACACGCUUGUUUGGCAUAUGGGGGAAUAUGCGGCUGGCCCCGAGGAAGAUUAUUGGGCGGAACUGCUUCUCUGUCGGGUUCGAUGUACUCGAGAGGGCACCGGAACAUUUACGACGGGUGGUUGAGGGACGGCAACGUCGGUUGGGGAUACGACGACGUGUUGCCGUUUUUCAAGAUGUCUGAGAACAACAAGGACUACAAAACGGAAAUCCACGGAACUCGGGGCCCGAUUCCGGUGCAAAAGCCCACGGAAAUUUUGUCGAUAUCGCGGACGCUGAUUGAGGCUGGCCGGGAAUUGGGGUACUCGGAGAUAGACAUGAGUGACCCGGACCCGAUGGGUUUCUCGAUCGCGCAGCUCAUGAUCAACAAAGCCAAGACCCGAGUGACGACGCCCACGGCGUACCUGCGACCGCACCUGAACAUCCGUAGCAACCUGCGCGUCAAGACCAACUGCCACGUGACACGACUGUUGUUCGCAGCGGACCGACGGUCGGUACAAGGCGUCGAGUACGUGGACAGCGCGAACCGCACCAGACGUAUGAUGGCUAGAAAGGAGGUGAUCCUGAGCGCAGGCGUCAUAGGGUCUCCGCACUUACUCAUGCUGUCCGGCAUCGGACCGGCAGAAGACCUGCGACCGCUUGGCGUGCCGGUGGUGCAGGAUUUGCGGGUGGGACACAACCUGCAGCACCACGUGGCCAGCAAGCUCAGCUUCCAGCUGAACGUGAUGCACGAUCGGCUGUUGACGUACGAGACGAUCGGCCAGUACCUGAAGAACAGGUCGGGUCCGCUGUCCACCACCGGCGCUCUGCAGACGUCCGCGUUCUUGCGGUCCGAUCAGGCGGGGCCUACGGACCCGGCCGAUUUACAGUUUUUCUUCGACGGAUACUCGCCGAACUGCGCUUACGCCCAACCGGUGUACGGCGGGUGCACGGCGGCCUCGACCCCGGUGCGCAUGAACAUACGGCCGGCGAACGUAAUGCCGCGGAGCCGGGGCACCAUUCGGCUGAUGAGCGCCAACCCGUUCGUCCGGCCACGAAUCGAUCCCAAUUACCUGGCCGCUGAGACGGACGUCGAAGUACUGGUGUGGGGCCUGCGGAAGGCAUACGAACUGGUGCACACCAAGGCUCUGCAGCAGCUGGGGGCCACCGUUGACCGGUCACCCGUCAAAUACUGCAAAGGGUUCACGUUCGCCACCGACCCGUACUGGCGGUGUCUGGUCCGUUACCACACGCAAGGCGAGAACCACCAUGCGGGCACGUGCAAGAUGGGCCCAGCCUCGGACCCGUCAGCCGUCGUCGAUUCCGAGUUGCGAGUGCACCGCGUCCGCGGCUUGCGCGUAGUCGACUCGUCCGUGUUUCCGACACAGCCCAACUGCAACCCAAUCGCGCCCGCCGUCAUGGUCGCCGAGAAGGCAGCGAAUUUCAUUAAGAACACGUGGCGCUGACGCUAGGCCGUACCGAACAUGUCCGCGAUUCACGUACUCGACGCGCGACGGCGGCAUACCGGUACGAUUCGUGAUGCAGUCGACGGUAUCUUGGUGACGUCCGCCAUAUGACGACAUCGGCAAAUAUAUUGUAAAUUCGAACAUCAAAAAAAUAAUAUUUCAAUUCGUCUCCCAACAACUUGUAUACCUACUGCAAAGAUCGUUAUUGAUGUACCCACCUUUUAACUCAGUAUUCCAUUUUAGUUAUAUAAAAUUAUAUUUAUUUAUUUAUGUAACAUUAUGUAUAUUAUUAUU